CGUCACGGCGUUGCCGCAAAGCCUUGUGGGAAAGCAGGCCUCUUCCUUUCCGGCUCCGGGCGCCGCUAGGUAAGGUUGGCGAGCUGGAGGCCGCCCGUAGCUUAAUCCGUCGGCAUCCUAAUUCGGGGAGGCCUGCGGGGGUCCGCUCGGGGCGCUGCCCCACGGUCGGUAGCUGGGGGGAGAGGCGCGUCGGGGUCUCUGGGCGAAGGGAGGCCGGGGAGGCGUAAUUCCGUUGGGUUGGGAAGGCGGCGUGACCUGGGCCUACAGACCGAGGCGACUCCGCCAGACGGAGCUUGCAGAGGCCGAGAGGGAAGACGGAGAGAGUCAUAGAGUUGGAAGGGACCCCGAGGUGCAUCUAGUCCAGCCCCCUGGAAUGCAGGAAUAAGCUCGUGAGGCCUAAAAGGCUGGAGCUCGGGCGCUGCUUGCUCCUGAGUAAACCUCCGAGGAGGGACCAUUGCUCACAUGCUUUACGUGUAGACGGCCGCGGGUUCCAGCCCUGACACCAACCAAUAAAUGGGGUUAGGUAGCAGGUGAUGGUGGGAGCCACUGCCAGCUGCAUCAGAUGGUUGGUUUAUGUAUCUCAGAUCCCUCUCUUUUAAGAUGGGUGGGCAAGUAAUUGCUUCCAGGUUUUUGCUUCUGCAAAAGUGGGGCAUGCAUUGUACGAAGUAAAUAGAUAAUAAAUGUCCUGCUAUGGUCUCGGGUAGCUUAUUGUUGUGCCCACGCGACUUAAAACAAGUGAGAACUCUUUGAAGUUACAAGUUACACACCUUUAGGCGCCAGGCAAAAACAUUCCUUUUUAACCAGGCCUUUGGUUGACCUGAUCAACAUGCUAAAUGUGGCUCUUUGGGGGGGGUGUUGUUAAUGGAUUAUUGUUUUUAUUUUGAUUUUAUAUAUUGUGAUAUUUUUUGUGAACUACCAUGAGACCUCCAGGUAUAGGGCAGUGUAUAAAUUCAAUCAAUGAAUGAAUGAAAACCUGUGUGUUUGUGUUCUGAAUGGGUAAUUGGUUAAAGGAGUUUUAUAAAAAGAAUUGGGAUCAUGUAGAGCUGGAAGGGACCACAAGGGUCAUCUAGUCCAACCCCCUGCAGCACAUGAAUCUUUUGCCUGAUGUAGAGCUUGAACCCUCAGCGUUGAGAUUGAGCCUCAUGCUCUACUGACUGAGCUGUUGUGACUGUUCUUUCUGGAUUUAGUUUCUUGAGAGAAUAAGGUACAGCCCCUGGAUGCUACAGGAGCUUGCUUUUGCUGAAGUUAUUGCAAGGGGCUUCACCAGGCUGGAAAACCAUGCAAAUCCUUAGUUGUUGUGGGCUGUCAUGCCAUAGGUCAGUUGCAGGUUAGUGGUAGAUCACAGGCUUUGCGUGCAAUUCCAGCAGCAGUGGGAAACAUUCCAGUCUCAAAACCUGAAGAACUGCUGCCAGUCUCUGUAAACCAGGGGUAGAGAAGCUGUGGUUUCCAGAUGUUAAUUAUAUUAGCAACUUUCAUCAGCCCCAGUCAUAGACAGUGGUCAGGAAUAAUGAAAAGUUGUAGUCCAGAAUGCUGGAAGAUCUGGAUCCCUCGCAUAAACAAAUGAUAGGUUAACAGUCUGACAAAGUAAAAAGCAGCUUCCUUUGCUGCUGUGUAUCUCAUACAUACUAUUUAAAUGUUAAUGACAUAUUAAUGAAAUCAAGCACAGUAUAGAUCAAUAGCUCAGAGGGGACAAAGUUGGUUUCGAGAGGUUUAUGAACAAAAUGUGUUUCGUUAUGGACCACUUUUAUUACUAGAGAAUGGAAAACACAGUUGCUUUUUUUGUUUCCUGAGAGCAAUGAAACGCAGUGUGAUUUAAACGUAUUACUUUUUUGCAGAUAAUCCAGAAUGGGUGCCUACAAAUAUAUCCAAGAACUAUGGAGGAAGAAACAGUCAGACGUGAUGCGCUUCCUACUGCGUGUCCGCUGCUGGCAGUAUCGCCAGUUGUCUGCCCUGCACCGAGCUCCCCGUCCCACCAGGCCAGAUAAAGCUCGCAGGCUGGGAUAUAAAGCUAAGCAAGGUAACUGCAACCUAAAGCAUGUAGCAGAUGUGAACUUGCUCUAGUCAAUUGGUUAUGCACUAAGUCUGGUAGUCCUGAGCAAAGAUAGCAAUCACUUAUUGUAAUUGUAAUGUGAUAAGAUAAAAUUAACCUUGCUUACCUUCCAUGCAAGCAUAUAGGCAACUAUCCUAAGCUACAAGAGCAUCUCUGAUAAGUGAACAUGUUAGAAUGGAAACUUUGCCUGAGACUGAAAAUCUUUCCACUGUACUUGCAUUCACACAGCUGAAACACGAUUCCCAUCAUUUUUCAUGCUUUGUGCAAUCUCAGAUGAACAAAAAUAGAUUAUAAAAGCACGGGGUUGUCCAGUAACUGAAGUAGAGUAUUUGUGGCAUUAUAAGCAAAUUCAAAAAUAUUGCUAGAAUGUAAAACGCAAAUGCUAAAUAAACAUUCUCUUGUAAAACUGCAGAUUUCUUCGCUGCUUUAACACACUAUCCUGCUGUGUCUUAGGUUAUGUCAUCUACCGCAUUCGUGUUCGCCGUGGUGGUCGUAAACGUCCAGUCCCUAAGGGUGCUACUUAUGGUAAACCAGUGCAUCAUGGUGUCAACCAGCUGAAAUUUGCCCGGAGUCUGCAGUCUGUAGCAGAGGUGGGUAUUGCUUGUGAUCUGCAUCAGUCUUUUGUAUUGCCCACUGGUCCCACUGAAGCUUGAUCAAAUCUGUGUCGCAUUGGUUUAUCUCCUUGAACUCAUGUCAGAUUAGAAGAGUAUUUGAUGUGUAUGAAUCAGCUUUUAAUAUUGUUGAGUUGGUAAACUGUGAUGGAGUAGCGUGUUAAGCAGCAUUUAUUGUGAGAAUAAGGCAGUAUGGUUAAUGAAUAAUUAUUUCCCACAGAGCAGUUUUUUCAGUGUCAAGUUGGCAUUUUGGAAUUCUAGUUUCUAGGUGGCAUAUGGAAGUAUUUUGGUUUGCAAGAUGCUGUAGCCAUCCUCUCUAUAGAGACAAAGAACUGUCCUGGUUGUAAACUGAAAUUAGAUAUGUACAGAAAUCAGUGAAAGAGCCAGUGCAUAAAACUAUGUAACAGGUUAAAGUGAUUACCCUUUUUUGCAGUCAAAUGGAAUGUCCUUGGUGGUCAGAUUUUCAGUUACUGUCACUAUAUUUAUGUACUUGUUACAUUCCUUAUUCUUCAGAUAUCCGCUAUUUUAAGUACAGUGGUACCUUGGUUCUCAAACUUAAUCCGUUCUGGGAGUCAAUUUGACUAUUGGAACUGUUUGAAAACCAAGGUGUGGCUUCUGAUUGGCUGCAGGAGCUUCCUGCACUCAAGCGGAAGCCGUGUCGGAUGUUCAGCUUCUGAAAAAAGUUCACAAACCGAAACGCUUACUUCCGGGUUUGCGGUGUUCAGGAGCCGAUUUGUUCAACAACUAAGCCGUUUGGGAACCAAGGUACUACUAUAUAGUAUUUUGGGAAAUGCAGCACAGGGAAGUAUUUUUAAGAAGUAGGACAACGUCAGGUAUGGCAGCUAGGUGAGUUUAGUUGUGCCAUAUUUGCUUUCCUCAUUUCUUGGCCAUAUAGCAUCUCUGUAAUGAAGUAGACUGCAAUGGUAUGUUCUAUUGUGGUAGCACUAACAAAUCAAUUUUCCUCCACAGGCCAAAUUGAAAGAUAAAAUAGUUGUUCAUAGAAUGGUAGAGUUGGAAGGAGUCCUGAGGAUCAUUUAGUCAAACCCUGUGCAAUGCAGGAAUAUGCAUUUGUCCCUUACUGGGAUCGAACCUGCAGCCUUGGCAUUAUCAGCACAACACUCUAACCAACUGAGCUAUCCAUCCCUGGCAGGAUAGAGUUUCUCUAUGGAGAAGUCUUUGUUACUGUAAUUCUUAAACGUCAUGGCUGAAUGUUUGGUUCCUUUGUAUGAAACUUGUCACCUUGUUUUCUUGAUGCCUGUAAUAUUCACAACCCCCAAUUCCUCCCUGGUACAACUUUUAUGUGCUUACGUGAGGUUGUUUUUUCCCUGCUAGGAGCGUGCUGGCCGCCAUUGCGGAGCCCUGAGAGUACUAAACUCUUACUGGGUGGGUGAAGAUUCCACCUACAAGUUCUUUGAAGUCAUUCUGAUUGAUCCUUUCCACAAGGCUGUCAGGCGCAACCCAGACACCCAAUGGAUCACCAAGGCAGUUCACAAACACAGAGAGAUGCGGGGGCUGACCUCCGCUGGCAGGAAAAGCCGUGGCCUCGGCAAGGGCCACAAAUUCCAUCACACAAUCGGUGGCUCACGUCGCGCUGCUUGGAGGCGACGCAACACCUUGCAGCUUCACCGUUACCGCUGAUUCUUUUGCAUAUAAUUUUCUCAUUAUAAUAAAUCAGCCAGAGUUCACAUUUCCAC